AUGAUAAUAGAAAUUAUGUGUUAUAUACAUUAUUUUAUUUUCCAUGCGUUAUGCUAAUUAGAAUUUGAUUUACAAUAUAAUCAAACUCGCAUUAAUAAUAAACUAGUUCCAUGCUCGCUAAGUUAAUAGACUACUCGGUAGUAUACUAAUAGCGUUUUUCACUGGGCGACACUGAGUGCGCACUGGAAAUUCGCCGAGUUCAAGCGACACUGCCCGAGUGCACUGACAGUGCGAGUUUCUUGCACUCUCAGCUAAACACGUCCAUUAUUUUCCGUGCAGUUUUAUGGCGCAUUAUAUUCGAUACCUUUUGAACAUUAGCAUCACAAAAAUUUGUAAUUUAAUAUGGAAGGAUCGAUUAGUUUAUGUAUUUCUUUUAGAAUAAAUACUGAAAUAUUAACUUUAACCCUUGAGCCGCUUGAAACGGACUUAUAUAAUAAAUUAAAGAAUAUUUUGUCUACUCAAACACAAUCCGAUAUAGUUAAAUAUAUUGGUUAUUGUAAUUCAAACUGCGUUUCAAUGUCAAUGAUAAGAAGAAUCACAUUAGACGAGGAAACGAAAAAAAAUCCUCAAUUGAAGCUAUCCGAUAUACAAUCACUGAGAGAAUGGUGCGAGAAACAACCUCACUUACCAAAAAUUGAGGAUAGCUUUCUCGCUUUGUUUCUUCACAGAAAUUAUUAUAACGUAGAAUUUGCUAAAAAUACAAUCGAGAAUUAUUACACGACUAGGACGCAUUUACCAGAAUUAUUUUGCAAUAGAGAUCCACUCGUUGAAAAAGAACUACAACAAGCCUUCAAAGUCACGCUUUUUUCCCCUCUGAGUGGAGUAACGAAUGAUGGUUACACGCUGAUGUAUGCAACACUUCUGGAUGGUGAUCCUUCACACUUUAACUUGAAUGCAACAAUCAAAUAUAUCCUGAUGUUAAGCGACAUUAUUUAUCUAACGGAUGGUACAAACAAUGGUUAUGUCUUUAUUGGCAAUGCAGAUAAACUAUCUUUUGGUCAUAUCGCAAAAAUAAGACCAUUAGCAACCAAGAUAGCUUUAGACUAUAUUCAAGAGGCAAUGCCAGUACGUCUAAAAGACCUCCAUGUCAUAAACGCACCACCUGCCAUGGAAUUGCUCAUGAAUAUUGCCAAACCUUUUAUGAAGAAAGAGAUGAUAGACAUGAUACAUUUUCAUUCAUCGUUGGAAAGCCUUUCCAAGUACAUUUCGAUAGACGCGCUGCCGAAUGAGGCGUAUGGAAAUGGAGGUUCAAUACAAGAAUUAAACGAAAUUCAAAUAAAGCGAAUCGAAGACUAUCGUGAAUGGUUCCUGCAGGACGAAGCAACCGGACGUGUUAACGAAGCGUUGAGAAUUGGCAAGAGCAAGUCAGCGAGUGAUUUGUUCGGUGUAGAGGGUAACUUUAGAAAACUCGACAUAGAUUAAUGAAACUGUAGAUAUAAUCUUAUAAUAUUUAUAACUAACAAUUUAUAAACAUAUACAAAUACGAUUAUAACUAAUUAUUACAUUCUUAUGUACGAUUUCUUUUUGUAGUAUUAUUUUGUACUUUACAAGGUUUUACGUAAAUAUGUAAUUGAUGUGCAGUGUAUCUAUCUGAAUCAAUUCUCUGCAAAGGUUAUGGAAGGUGUUGUAAACCCUAGUGAUUUUUCGAUUUUAAAUAAAUUAAUAGAUGGUAAAGGAAA